UUUGUCAUAUUUUUACACUUCGAAAAUAAAAACAAAAAUCGAAAUAAAAAUAAACAAAUUAUCUAGUUUCGAAUAAUUAGAACGUUCUAUUUAACCUAGUCCAUUAGUGAGUGUUAUAAUCUCUAAGCUAAGUUCUAUCAUGCUGGUGCCUAGCUAAUCUUAUUUACGUAACUAACAAUGAUCAGUUAAAACUAAACAAAAUGAAUUUCAAUAAGCCGUACACAAUACUGCUGUCCAGGCUCGUAUGUUUUGAGCCUUUUCCAAGACUAAAUAGAUCAGUAUAUACCAAAUCACAACAAAAACAGAUUGAGGAAAGCUACAAAAUAUUAAAUAUACCACCAAACUCAAGUCAGGAUGUUGUUAAGAGUGCUUUCCUAGAGCUUGCAAAGAAGUAUCACCCUGAUUCUUCUUCACCAGAUGCAGAUAUAGAUAAGUUUGUAGCCACAGAGAACGCUUUCAGGACUCUCUCUAUACAUAACACAGGCUCUCAAAACUUGGAUGAAGUUGAUAAGAUUGUGUUUGAUAUUAGGCACACUGCACCUCAGCACCGCCAGUACCUAAGCUUUGAAGGGGUAGGCUACGGAACACCUUCCCAAAGGCUCCAGCAGUACACUCAAGCAAGAGCACAAAAAGCCGCCACAAAUGUUUUAAACCACCGGAUCUCUAAAGCCAUAGCUUCAGACAAAACCCUCAUGAAGAAGGAAUCAGUAAAGCAUGACAUCAAGACCAAAUAUGGCUUGGAGAGAUUAGUAGAAGAUUUGAUACAAGAGUCAAUGUCGAAAGGUGAAUUUGAGAAUUUAAGCGGCCAAGGAAAACCUUUGAAGGAUCAGAAUACUAAUCCCUAUGUUGAUUUUACUACUCAUAAAAUAAAUGAGGUAUUAAUAAACAAUGGCUUCACACCAGAAUGGAUAACAAUGUGCAAAGAAAUAGAUGAAGACAUUGAACAACUCAAGGAAGAAAUCUACAAAGAGAGAAUGUAUCUAGGGCCGCACCCCCUAAACAAAACCGACUAUACAAAGUGGCUAAAAAUAUACGAAAGUAACAAACAACUAGCAGAAUCUUUGAACAUGAAAAUAAAUACCUACAACUUAAUAGUGCCAUUUAUAUAUAAACAAAAGUUCCAUGUGGAGUUUGAUAAAAUAUGUAAUGAAAUUCUAAUAAAUGGUAAACAUUCUGUGGAAAAGCAAGUAGAAAAGAAAUACGAGCAGAAUGUUUUAGUGGACAACAGUCAUGAUCUAAUGGGAGAGUUUUUCAAGGCUUUAGGGGAGUUAUUAGUUGGAGGGAAAACGAAAAAUAAAGUUGGCAGUUAGCCUUUGCUAAUAGUGUGCCACUUAUUAGGAAAUCAAUUAUGACAACAUUUUCAAUUAUCUCCAACAUAAAGAAAUACUGAAUAACGCGGAACAAAGGCGAUUCUUCGGGAGAGUCCCGUUUCCGUUGACGCAAUUUACGUAAGUACGGUUUUCGGUUCUGACGUAAAGUAACAAUUAGAAGAGAAAUCCGAAAAGUCAUAGUCUUUUACCCUUUGCAUAAUUUUCCUUAGUAGUCAGGUAACCAAAGGAAAAUAAGUGUGGUGUUUGAACUUGCAACAAACAUGUUAUAAUCAAAUUAGUCUCAUUGCAACUGUCAUCGAAAUUUUAUAUGAGUUAUAUUAUCCUUCUUUUUUGGAGUAUGUUUUUUUUUACCUAUUUAUUACUUUUUUUUAUAGUUAUCUUAAAAUUUAUACCAGUUAGUUAUAGGUAAGAUGUCUGUGAUAUGCUAUUUAUAGAUAAUUGUAGUAAUUAUUUACUUGUUGUAAAAGUUGCAAUAUUAAAAAUGAAAACAGCAGA